CUCACGAACGGAUCUACCGACAGCCGUCAUCCUCCUCCAGCAAUCCCCAUGUGCUCUCUGCCCCGCUCCGCCUGAUCCCACUCCCAGCGCAUCCUCCUGCUCGUGCGUACCCCAUUCAUCCACAUCCGCCACCGUCCUCCAUGCCCUGCCUCCGGUGUACCUGACGACCCGAUUCCUCGCCAACGAACUCCUCCUCAGCCCCCCACUUUCCCGGAUCCUCGUCGCCCCGGCCGAGCAGAAACCGGAGCCCCGCCGCAGAUCCGCAGGGAGGAGGAGGGGGGAGAAUGGACGCCCCGUCGGUGGCGCUCUACAACCAGCUCAAGGCUGCUCAACCAUUCUUCUUGUUAGCUGGGCCCAAUGUGAUUGAAUCAGAGGAACAUGUCAUGAAGAUGGCCAAGCACAUCAAAGCCAUCACGACCAAGCUUGGGGUGCCUCUUGUGUUCAAAUCAAGCUUUGAUAAAGCAAACCGUACAUCGUCGAAAUCCUUCCGCGGUCCUGGUCUGGAACAAGGCCUAAAGAUCCUUGAAAAGGUGAAGGCCGCAUAUGAUCUUCCAGUGGUCACCGACGUGCAUGAAAGCUGCCAGUGUGAAGCUGUUGGAAGAGUUGCUGAUAUUAUACAGAUUCCAGCUUUCCUCUGUCGCCAGACUGACCUUCUAGUGGCUGCGGCUAAGACUGGGAAAAUUAUCAAUAUCAAGAAAGGACAAUUCUGUGCUUCGUCUGUUAUGGCCAACUCUACAGAGAAAAUUAGACUUGCUGGAAAUCAAAAUGUGAUGGUCUGUGAGCGAGGCACCAUGUUUGGCUACAAUGAUCUAAUUGUUGAUCCAAGGAACUUUGAGUGGCUGAGGGAAGCAAAUUGCCCAGUUGUAGCUGAUGUAACACAUGCUCUACAACAACCAGCUGGGAAAAAGCUUGAUGGUGGUGGGGUUGCAAGUGGGGGCUUACGGGAACUCAUACCAUGCAUCGCAAGGACUGCUGUUGCAGUUGGUGUGGAUGGUAUUUUCAUGGAGGUACAUGAUGAUCCCCUGAAUUCACCAUGUGACGGGCCAACUCAAUGGCCAUUGCGCAAUUUGGAGGAGCUGUUGGAAGAAUUGAUUGCGAUCGCUCGAGUCACCAAAGGGAAGAAACCGCUCAAGAUCGACCUAACUCCAUUCAAGGAAUGAUUUGGCAGUGGAUAGCAAUAGGAAUAACCAUGUGGCUGCCAAUUGGUUUCACCAAUGUGGUCGUGUCCAGGCGAGUUGGCUCUUUGUAUGCGGUACUUUCAUUUACCGUUGGAUUCAAGCUUUGUUCGAUUGCCUGCAUGUAUUAGUUCCUUUCCAAGCGUAGCAUAUCAGCCACAUAUUGCUGUUUUGAAUCACCUUGUCUCGAGAGUCAAUCCAAAAGAAGUCGGCUUUUGAUU